AUGCCGAAGGAGAUGCGCAUGGACGCACUGCACAUCUUUACGGACAACCUCUUCACCAGCCUUCCUCUGAUGAUGGCGCUGAAGGAGGAGGGAAUCGGGCACACGGGAACCAUCCGCCAGAACCGCCUCCGAGGAUGUCCGCUGAGCUCGGUGGCAGCGAUGAAGAAGGCUCCCAGGGGAGACACCUCUGUCGCCGUGGAAACGAAGCAGGGCAUCAACCUCGUCAGGUGGAAGGAUAACAGCGUGGUGACCGUAGCAUCUACGGUAAGCUCAUCCCGAACUGUGGCUGAAGUUCAAAGAUGGUCGCGACGAGAGAAGAAGAGGAUCAAGGUAGCUCAGCCACAGAUGAUUCAGGACUACAACUGCGCCAUGGGCGGUACCGACCGCAUGGACCAGAACAUCGGCGCGUACCGCAUCGCGAUCCGACAGAAGAAGUUCUGGCGGUGCAUCUUCUGCUGGCUUCUGGGGGCCGCGAUGCAGAACGCCUGGCUGCUCUACCGUCAGCAUCAUCCAGGCGAGAAUCAGAUCAACUUCAUCCGAGCCAUCGUCCGGUAUCACCUGGCAGAGACGACGAAGCCACCAUCUGGACGUCCAAGUUCCGCGUCGAAUCAGCAUCGCGUCCCAGCCAGCAUCCGCUACGAUGGUAUCAACCACCUGGUCGUUCCUCUUGCCAAGCAGGGAACGUGUGCAAACAAGGAGGGAAAGUGCAAGAGCCACCCGAAGACCGCCUGUCGCAAGUGCCAGGUGCCGCUGUGCGUGGCGUGCUUCGUGCCGUUCCAUGCGACCUGA